GCCAAGUCUCCUCCUGAGGUUAAGUCUCCAGAGAAGGCCAAGUCUCCAGAGAAGGUCAAAUCCCCUGUGAAGGAAGAGGCCAAGUCUCCUCCUGAGGUUAAAUCUCCAGAGAAGGCUAAGACCCCAGUGAAGGAAGAGGCCAAGUCUCCAGAGAAGGCCAAAUCCCCUGUGAAGGAAGAGGCCAAGUCUCCUCCUGAGGUCAAGUCUCCAGAAAAGGCCAAGACCCCAGUGAAAGAGGAAGUGAGGUCCCCAGCAGACAUCAAAUCCCCAGUAAAGGCCAAAUCCCCAGAAAAGGAAGAUGUAAAAUCUCCUGAGAAAGAGGAAAGUAAAACUCCAGAGAAAGAGAGUGCCCCAAAGAAAGAAGUGGUCAAGUCCCCUGAGGCACCUGUGAAAGAGGAAGGGAAACCCCAGGAGGUUAAAGUGAAAGAGCCCCCUAAGAAAACAGAGGAAGAAAAAGCCCCAACCAAAGUAGAAGAAAAACAGGACAGCAAAAAAGAGACCCCCAAAAAGGAGGCUGAGGAGAAACCCAAAGAGCCUCAAGCGGGAACUAAGGCAGAAGGAUCUGAGGGCCAGAAGGCAGCCUCAAUCUCUGAGCCUCCUUCUGCCCCUGCGAAGGGGGAAACCAAGGAAAAGGAGCCAGCCAAGCCCCCAGAGAAGAAGGCAGAAGAGAAAAAGGGCCCAGAACCCCCCAAGGCAGGAGGUGACGCCAAAGCCCCCAGCCAGCCUGCUGAGAAGGGAACAGAGAAGCCAAAGCCAGAGGAGAAGAAAGCUGAGGAGAAGGCAACAGAGCCCCAGAAGCCAGCAGAGAAACCCCAGGCUGAUCCCAAAGCCAAAGAGGAGGACAAGGCCCCUUCCAAAGAACCCGCCAAGACAGAGGCCCCCAAACCCAGCAAGCCCAAGGCUGAGAAGGUGGAGAAAUCCUCCGGCACAGAUCAGAAGGAGAGCAAACUCCCCGAGCAGGCGGCCGAUGACAAAACCAAGAAGGCCGAUAAGUAG